AUGGCCUCAGCCGUUUUCUUCCUCGACUUAAAGGGCAAGACCCUUCUUGCCCGCAACUAUCGAGGAGAUAUUCCCAUGUCCGCAGUUGAGAAAUUUCCCAUGCUACUCUCCGAAGCCGAAGAAGAAUCAUCAGCUGUUCCCCCUUGUUUCUCGGACGAGGGCAUCAAUUACCUUUACAUCCGCCAUAAUAACCUCUACCUUCUUGCCUUGACUAAAAGAAACACCAAUGCCGCCGAAAUCCUCCUAUUCCUUCAUAAGAUUGUGGAGGUCUUCACAGAAUACUUCAAAGAACUUGAAGAGGAGUCGAUACGGGACAACUUUGUCGUCAUCUACGAAUUGUUGGACGAGAUGAUGGACUUUGGCUACCCCCAAACAACCGAGUCUAAGAUCCUUCAAGAGUACAUUACGCAAGAGUCGCACAAGCUCGAGGUCCAGGCGCGACCACCCAUAGCCGUGACCAACGCCGUGUCAUGGAGAAGCGAGGGAAUUAGAUAUCGAAAGAACGAGGUGUUCCUUGACGUUAUUGAAUCACUCAACUUGCUGGUAUCGUCGUCCGGCAACGUGCUCAGGUCCGAAAUCUUGGGCGCGAUCAAGAUGAAAUGUUAUCUCUCGGGAAUGCCUGAGUUGCGGCUUGGCUUGAAUGACAAGGUCAUGUUUGAGACCACGGGACGGACAACGAGAGGAAAGGCGGUGGAGAUGGAAGACGUUAAAUUUCAUCAGUGUGUGCGACUGUCCAGAUUCGAGAACGACCGGACGAUCAGUUUCAUCCCUCCUGAUGGAGAGUUCGAAUUGAUGAGCUACCGCCUUAACACCGCCGUCAAGCCAUUAAUCUGGGUGGAGUGCGUGGUGGAAUCACAUUCCGGAUCGCGAAUCGAAUACAUGCUCAAGGCCAAGGCCCAGUUCAAAAGGAGAUCUACGGCCAACAACGUCGAGAUCAUCAUUCCUGUGCCUGACGAUGCCGAUACGCCGCGAUUCCGCACAAACAUUGGGUCUGUACAUUAUGCGCCCGAGAAAUCAGCCAUUGUGUGGAAGAUCAAGCAGUUCGGUGGCGGCAAGGAGUUCUUGAUGCGUGCGGAACUUGGACUCCCGAGUGUCAAGGGGGACGAUGAACGGGGUGGUGGCAUGACUGGUGGCUUCGGAGGCAGUAUGGGGGGUAUCGUGGGUGAAGGCAAAGGCAAGCGGCCGAUCAACGUCAAGUUCGAAAUUCCUUACUUCACCACCAGCGGCAUCCAAGUUCGCUACCUGAAAAUCAUCGAGCCCAAGUUACAAUAUCCGUCCUUACCAUGGGUACGAUAUAUCACGCAAUCAGGCGACAUUGCGGUCCGGAUGCCAGAUGUACAAGGAUGA